UUUCGCUAAAUGGUACACAGUUUACAGACAGUUCUGUUGGAUCAGAGUUCACAAGUGUUUCUCAGACACCAUUUACCUUUGGCUUGGGCCAAAGGGCACCAUAUACAACUGGCGAGCAUUGUCUUCUUUGUAGAAGUGAACGAAAAGAUAGUUCGCUUUCAGAGAGCGGAAUAAAAAAUUCUAGCAAAACAGCACUUUCCACAUCUCCAAAAGCAAACAAUAUGCUGCAUCUUCCACUGUGGGUGUGUCCAGACUGUAGGCGAACAGUCGAAAAGGAGGAGAGGCAUGCUACAAUAGAGCAAUCUCUUGUGAGCCAAGAUUUCCUUUUGCACAUGCCUCUUGGAAACAGUGGAUCACAGCAGGAAUCUGUAGGAGGAGGAAGGAUAACUGUUGGUGCGCAGACAGUGCCUGCUGCCGAUCUUAACAAUUCCUCUCCUUCAGACAUAGCAUGCAACUGUGAGGCCUGUAAUGAGCGCAGAGAAAUUUCAGCAGAGACUGAACGUGAAUCUCAGCAGCUCCAAAAUUACUGGUCAGAAGUAAGAUACAUGGUUCGAUGUAUCUAUCGUCAAGCUGGGACCCCUUUGGCAGACGACCAAGACCAAUCUUUGGUACCAGAUAAAGAAGGAAUGAAAGAGCUGGUGGAUAGGCUUUGUGAAAGAGAUCCAUAUCAGCUUUACCAACGGUUGGAACAGCAAGCUAGAGAAUAUGUACUUGAAAUGAAGGUCCGUCUGCUCAGACACUUGUCACUGGGAUCUAAAGUUGCAUCAACAUUAGCAAUACAAGGGCCACCGCAGGCACAUCAGUUCAUCUCACUCCUACUUGAAGAGUACAGUGCUCUCUGUCAGGCAGCAUGCACAAUCAGCGCCUUCCUAGUUACUCUGGAAAAUGAACAUUUGAAGAAAUUUCAGGUGACAUGGGAAUUGCACAACAAGCAUCUGUUUGAAAAUCUGGUAUUUUCUGAGCCACUCCUGCAGAAUAGCUUGCCAACAUUAGUGUCACAGCUAAGGCUUGGAACAGCGCACGAUUCCUGUAGUGAAGAUAUGUAUAGUACCUUGCUACAAAGGUAUCAUCAGCUGGAACAGGAAAUGGGGCAAGUUGCUGAAGCAUGGCUUGAAUGCCAGAAAAGAAUAGAUGAUUACGUUGAUGAACAGAUGGCAAUGAAAACAAAACAACGCAUGCUAAAGGAAGACUGGGAAUUUUUUAAACAGAGACGUUUUAUUGAAGAGCAGCUUAAUAACAAGAAAGCACUAGCUGGGGAGAACAACUUCACAGAUACAAUGAGGCACAUGCUGUCAUCACGUUUGAGCAUGCCUGACUGUCCCAACUGUAAUUACAGAAGAAGAUGUACUUGUGAUGACUGCAGCCUUUCACACAUUUUGACGUGUGGCAUCAUGGAUUCUCCUAUAACGGAUGAUAUCCACAUUAACCAGUUACCACUGCAAAUUGAUUCUGCUCCGGAUUAUCUAUCUGAGAUCCGCCCACCUAGUAUGUCUUCAGCAAGUUCAGGAUCGGGUUCCAGCUCACCUAUAACAAUUCAGCAACAUCCAAGGCUGAUCCUCGCAGACAAUGGUUCUGCACCAACUUUUGGUAGUGAUGAUGAAGAUGUCGCACCAUUAUCAGCAAAGUUUGCUGAUAUCUACCCAUUGAAUAAUUACGAUGAUGCAGAAGUGGUAGCCAACAUGAAUGGAAUUCACAGUGAGCUAAAUGGCGGAGAUGAAAACAUGGCAUUGAAAGAUGAGUCUCCUCAGGUGAGCAGUACUAGCAGCAGCUCCUCAGAAGCAGAUGAUGAAGAAGCGGACGGAGAAAGUAGUGGUGAGCCACCAGGGACUCAAAAGGAGGAAAUGUCUCUAGGAAAAAGGGCAUUAAGGAAAGAUGAAGCAAAAAUGGAUAGUCCACCACCUUCUUACCCUAGUCAACAGGCUGACCAAGGUCCAAAUGCUUGUGAAUGUCAUGUUUGCAAACAAGAAGCUUCAGGUCUAACAGCCUCUGCACUUGCAACUGGACGCCUGCCUGCUGGUCAUCAGUUUAUGAAUCCUGAAAAACCUGCACAUCCUGCACUUCAUCUUUAUCCUCAUAUCCAUGGACAUAUACCAUUGCAUACAAUUCCCCACCUUCCUCGUCCACUUAUCCAUCCCACCUUGUAUACAGCUUCCCCCUUUACACACAAUAAGGCAUUACCGCCAGCUCCAGUUCAGAAUCAUUCAAACAAGCAUCAAGUAUUCAAUGCAUCUCUCCAAGAUCAUAUUUAUCCAAGCUGUUUUGGGAGCACUCCAGAUUGGAAUAGCUCUAAAUUUAUAAGUCUCUGGGGAUCAGAGAUGAUGAAUGACAAGAACUGGAAUCCUGCUACGUUUUUGCCUGAUACAAUUCCUGGGAAUGAUAUAUUAACGCCAGCACUCUCAGAAAUAAGACCCGAAGCACUUCCUACCACAUCUAGCAAUGAAGGAUCAGCAGUUACUGAUGGCAAAGAAAAGAAAAAUGCUGCAAAGAAGAAAUGUCUGUACAAUUUCCAGGAUGCCUUUAUGGAAGCUAACAAAGUUGUCAUGGCAACCUCUUCUGCUACUUCUUCUGUCUCCUGCACAGCUACUACAGUGCAGUCAAGCAGCAACCAAUUCAAAGUAUCAUCCAAGAGACCUUCAUCAAUAGGUGAAGUGUUCCACAAUAUUAAUAAAGAGGACCAUAGACAUUCUGCUCCAGUUGCACCACGAAAUAGUCCUACCAGUUUAGCAUCGCUUCCUUCGCUGUCUCCUGCUGCACUGUCUCCAGCUUCUACACCCCAUCUUCCAAACCUUGCUGCUCCUUCUUUUCCCAAAACUGCUGCAACAGCCCCUGGGUUUGUGGAUCCCCAUUCAGGUCUUUGUCCUACUACGGUUGUACCUCCUACUUCCACCACAGACAGCUCUGUAAGUGCCCCACCAAGUGUCUGCAGUGAUCCUGAUUGUGAGGGCCAUCGCUGCGAGAACAGUAACACUUACGAUCAUCAGCAGUAUGAUGGAGAGGAGAGCCAAGAUGAAGACAGCUGUUCAGAGCAUAGCUCAAGUACCUCAACAUCCACAAACCAGAAGGAAGGAAAAUACUGUGACUGUUGUUACUGUGAGUUCUUCGGCCAUGGCGGACCACCAGCUGCACCAACCAGUAGAAAUUAUGCCGAGAUGCGAGAAAAACUUCGUUUACGUCUGACCAAAAGGAAGGAGGAACAGCCCAAGAAACCAGAUCAGAUCUCUGAAAGGGAAAGUGUUGUUGACCAUCGAAAGGUGGAAGACUUGCUACAGUUCAUAAACAGCUCUGAAACCAAACCAGUUAGCAGUUCUCGGGCAGCCAAGCGAGCGAGACAUAAGCAAAGAAAGCUUGAAGAAAAGGCUCGACUUGAAGCAGAAGCCAGGGAAAGGGAGCAUCACCAAUUGCUUGAAGAGCAGAGGCGGCGAGAGGAGGAAGAAGAAGAGAGGCUGAAACAAGAACUACAGCGGCUUCAAGAACUUCAGCAGUUGAGGGCUGUAAAGAAAAAGAAGAAAGAGCGAACAAAUAAGGACUGUCAGAAGGUGGACGUGCUUACUCAAAACUGCCAGGCAGCAAAGGAAUCUGUCCCAAAUGCACCCGAAGACAUUCAGAAUGGUACACUUGAGCAAUCAGAAAAGAUAGAAACCUCCUCUGGUUCACUGUCAAGACACAUGAAUCACACAGAACAGAGGCCGCUUUUGGAGACAGGCUGUGAACCAUCCAAUGCUGUGAACACUAGAGACUCAAAACUGCUUUAUCAGAAAGAGGGGAGCGUAAAGCAGCAUGAGCCCCUCUCUUUUCUGCUUGAUAUUAUGCAUCAACAUAAAGAAGGAAACAACAAACAGAAACUAAAGCAAAUAAACAAACCGUGUGCUGAACAAGUGAAAAAGCCUGUUGAAUCCUCCAAAGCAGCUGAGAUCCAGACUAAAACCAGAAACCAAAUAGAAUCCAAAGCAAAAGCAGCAGAGCUCCCAGUGCUUGCAGAACCUAAAGAAGAGAAGAAAUUAAAUAACAACAACAAAAAACAGUUGAACCACAUAAAGGAAGACAAAGCACCCAUCACAAGUGAAUCCCCUUCACCAAGUGAGCAGCAGCAGAAUAAUAAACUAAUACUUGCAGAUUCUCCUCAACCGAAAGGCAAGAACAAGAAAAACAAGAAGAAAAAAGGGGACAAAGUCAACAAUUCCAUUGAUGAUGUUUUUCUACCCAAAGACAUUGAUCUAGACAGUGUGGAAAUGGAUGAAACAGAGCGAGAAGUGGAGUAUUUUAAAAGGUAAAGUUCUGUAACUCCUGC